UUAUUAUUGUGGAUACGGAAAGCUACCUAUCUAGAGUAGAUCGGCUCUCUCUGCACCAACGUCUAGCCUGAUCCUUCACGUACAAACACAUCACCCAAUUUCGACCUUCACUACUCUGUCAUUCUACGACCACGACCACGACCGCGACCACGAUGACCUCCAACCCAUCAUCACCUUACCUAAACAACUACACUCCCCCACCCCCACCAUCCUUUCCCGACCCCGCCGACUGCCACCCCACGACCCCUUACACCUCUUACGACCUGAACUUUGCCGGUGGCCAAAUCCCAUCUCCUGAAGCGUUGAGGACGGACAAGGUCGCGCUACUCCCCUUCAUUCCGAGUCUUUAUGCGGGGAAGUUUUAUGAGGAGUUGCAGGAGGGGGAUUGUAAGGGGGUUAUGAGGUUGAUGCCUUAUCCGAGGGAUAUGGCGGCUGGGUUGGAGGAGUUGUUGCAAGGUGUGGAAGUCAGCAUGAGGGGGGUCGAGGAUAACCUCCUCUUCGCCAUCUUCGAUCUGACCCGGAUCUCUAAAGACAAUUCCGAGAACUCCUCCCAUAGCACCGACCCGGAAUACUCGCGAGAAGAUCAAGACGGAACAGCCUCGCCAUCCUUGCCGCUGCCGCCAGAUCACCCACCCUUGGAGUGUAUGGCGGGGAUCAUAGCGAUCUUUUGUGAUAGGAAGAAUUUGACGGGAGAGUUAGGCCACAUCAUCAUCCUCCCGAAAGCUCAACGGACACACGUCCUCUCACACGCCGCGGGGUUGUUGAUGCACUACGCUCUCGAUUUCCCCUACAUAUCGACGUACGAUCCGGCGCUCAAGAAAUUUGUCGAGCCCCCGUCAUCUUCGUCUACACCUUCAACGACUACAAGGACCCCAUCGAAAGCCCUAGGACUCCGGAGGUUACAAUGGCAGGCCCACGUCACCAACGCCGCCUCGAUCCGCUCAGCCGGGCGAUUAGGUUUCCAACCCGAGGGUAUCGUCCGGAUGCACGGGACGGCAAGGGGAGGGGACGAAGAGGGAAGACAAGGGGACGGGGGGGGCAUGAGUAGGAGCAAUUGGGUGGGCUCGAUCACGUGGAAGGAUUGGGAGGCGGGUGGGGCGGGGGUGGUUGAUGGGUUGGUGGCUAGGUGA